AUGGCGAAGAAAGACGCAGGAGAAGAAUGGAGGAAACGGGUGAUCUCCAUGGGGGAGGUGAAAAAACACAACAACGACAAAGACAUGUGGUGCGUCAUCCACGGCGUCGUCUACGACCUCACGCCUGUCUUGGAUAAACACCCUGGGGGCGCGGAAGUCCUCCUCGACUUUGCCGGCCAGGACGCGACGGACGCUUUUGAAGAUAUCGGCCACAGUUUCAGCGCCCGGCAAAUGGCCACGCCUUUCGCCGUUGGAGUCCUCGAGGGCUGCGAAGACACCGCGACUGGAUGCGUCACGAAGCCGCCUCCGACAACCUGCUCUGCACAGAGGCUGAAGAACUGCGAAUCGAUGAAGGGUGGUGUGGGAGCAGCGGCGCUCGUCGUCCUCGCGGCGGUAGCAGCCGUUUACUACAUUUUUAAUCUUUCCUAG